CAGACAGAGACAGAGAAAAAAGGAGACCAAGGCAGAUCCUCUAUACGAUCUUCGUUUGAAGACACUUGUCCAGGACGAAGUAGCCUUCUUUCAGCCCUUCAAGACCGAGGGCUUGCUUGUCUCGGGAGACGUUAACGGCUAACGGCGAGGUGCGCGCGAAGCCCUAAUAUGAAUAUGACAACGUUCGGACUCCUGCAUUUGUAACUGCAAGUGGAGACAGUUAAAUACCUGGAAGAAGAAAAGAGCCUAGUUAGCCGUGCCGUGCCAUCUCUUGUCAGUCCCAGAGGAGGAAGAGCGUCAGACAGAGCAGACCAGAGCGGACCAUGGAGAAGAACAGAGUCAGCUAGCGUUACAUACACAUAUACAACCCCGAAGACCCGAGGAGAAGACGAAGGCAACGCGGCGGCGGGGACCGGCUGAAGGAGGAUGGAUUUUAGCACGAUUAGGAACCUCAUCAGCCGAUACUGUGCGGGGGAGGAGAACUGGGUGGACAGCAGGACUGUGUAUAUUGGUCAUAAAGUGCCGCCGCCAGGCACUGAGGCCUACAUCCCUCAGAGAUACCCUGACAACAGGAUAGUCUCCUCUAAGUACACUUUUUGGAACUUUAUACCGAAGAAUUUGUUUGAGCAGUUUAGAAGAAUUGCUAAUUUCUAUUUCCUUAUUAUUUUUCUUGUUCAGUUGAUUAUUGACACUCCCACCAGUCCCAUCACCAGUGGUUUGCCGCUCUUUUUUGUCAUCACCGUGACAGCCAUCAAACAGGGCUAUGAGGACUGGCUGAGGCACAAGGCAGACAAUGCCAUCAACCAGUGUCCAGUUCAUGUGGUCCAGCACGGUAAAGUGGUGCGGAAGCAGAGCCGCAAGCUGCAGGUGGGUGACGUGGUUUUGGUGAAGGAGGAUGAGACAUUCCCCUGUGACCUCAUCCUGCUGUCCACCAGCAGAGACGACGGAACCUGUUUCGUCACCACUGCCAGCCUAGAUGGAGAGUCCAGUCAUAAGACCUAUUAUGCAGUUCAGGACACCAAGGCAUUCAACACAGAAGAGGAAGUGGAUACAAUACAGGCCACUAUAGAAUGUGAACAACCACAACCAGACCUGUACAAAUUUGUGGGACGCAUCAAUAUUUAUUUGGACCGAGAUGAGCCUAUUGCUCGACCUCUGGGUUCUGAGAACCUGCUGCUGCGAGGGGCCACCCUGAAAAACACAGAGUACAUAUACGCUGUGGCUAUCUACACGGGCAUGGAGACCAAAAUGGCCCUGAACUACCAGUCCAAAUCCCAGAAACGCUCCGCUGUAGAAAAGUCAAUGAAUGCAUACCUGAUUGUUUACUUAUGCAUCCUGAUCAGUAAAGCACUGAUCAAUACGGUCUUUAAGUACGUGUGGCAGGCUGACCCGAACAGAGACGAGCCCUGGUACAACCAAAAAACAGAGACCGAGAGACAACGGCACAUAUUAAUAAGAGCAUUUACAGACUUCCUGGCUUUCAUGGUCCUCUUCAACUACAUCAUUCCUGUCUCUAUGUAUGUUACGGUGGAGAUGCAGAAAUUCCUGGGCUCCUACUUCAUCUCGUGGGAUGAUGAGAUGUUUGAUGAGGAGUUGGGCGAGGGAGCCCUUGUCAACACGUCAGAUCUUAAUGAAGAACUCGGACAGGUGGAGUAUGUCUUCACAGAUAAAACAGGAACACUGACUGAAAACAACAUGGAGUUCAUAGAGUGCUGUGUAGAUGGCCAUGUGUACGUGCCACACGCGAUCUGCAAUGGACAGAUCAUGUCAGGAGCCUCUAGCAUAGACAUGAUUGACUCUUCACCCAGCGCUGAGGGCAAGGAGCAUGAGGAGCUGUUUUUCCGGGCGCUGUGUUUGUGUCACACAGUGCAGGUGAAGGAGGAGGAGACGGUGGAUGGCAUUAAGAGGGGGAUUCACCAGGGUAAAGCCACGUCUUUCUACAUCUCCUCCUCUCCUGACGAGGUGGCGCUGGUGGAGGGCAUGAAGAGGCUUGGAUUCACUUAUCUGCGGCUGAAGGACAACCACAUGGAAAUCCUAAACAGGGAGGAUGAGAUUGAGAGGUUUGAGUUGCUGGAGGUGUUGAACUUUGACUCUGUAAGAAGGAGAAUGAGUGUUAUAGUCAGGUCCAACUCAGGGGAGUUGUACCUGUUCUGUAAAGGUGCUGACUCUUCCAUUUUCCCACGGGUCAUCUCAGGGAAAGUGGACCAAGUUCGGGCGCGAGUAGAGCACAAUGCUGUGGAGGGUUUACGGACACUUUGUGUGGCCUAUAAAAGGCUGAGUCGGGAGGAGUAUGAGCAAGUGUGUCAUCUUCUCAGCAGUGCUAAGCUGGCUUUGCAGGACCGAGACAAGAAGCUGGCUGAGGCUUACGACGUCAUUGAGAGAGAUUUCAUCCUGCUCGGAGCCACGGCCGUUGAGGACAGGCUGCAGGACAAAGCAGCGGAUACCAUUGAGUCUCUGCACAAGGCUGGGAUGAAGGUGUGGGUCCUGACAGGGGACAAAAUGGAGACAGCAGCAGCCACCUGCUACGCUAGCAAGCUUUUCCGCCGCAACACGCAAAUCCUGGAGCUAACCACCAAGCGCACAGAGGAGCAGAGCCUGCACGACGUCCUGUUCGAUCUGAGCAGGACCGUGCUCCGACAGCAUGGCAGCAUGACCCGAGACACGUUCUCUGGUCUGUCCAGUGAUUUUCAGGACUAUGGGCUGAUUAUUGAUGGAGCAACGCUGUCUGCGGUGAUGAAGCCAGCGCAGGAGGGCAGCGGCACUGGAGGAAACUACAAGGAGAUCUUUCUGGAGAUCUGCAGAAACUGCAGUGCUGUGCUCUGCUGCCGCAUGGCACCACUUCAGAAGGCACAGAUUGUUAAGCUGAUCAAGGCCUCCAAAGAGCACCCCAUCACUCUGGCCAUCGGGGACGGGGCCAAUGAUGUCAGCAUGAUUCUGGAAGCUCACGUGGGCAUAGGCAUCAUGGGUAAGGAGGGGCGCCAAGCAGCACGUAACAGCGACUAUGCAAUUCCAAAGUUCAAACACCUGAAAAAGAUGCUUCUGGUGCAUGGACACUACUACUAUAUCAGAAUAUCUGAGCUGGUGCAGUACUUCUUCUACAAGAAUGUGUGUUUCAUCUUUCCUCAGUUCCUUUAUCAGUUUUUCUGUGGCUUCUCCCAGCAGCCACUGUACGACACAGCAUAUCUCACUCUGUACAAUAUCAGCUUCACCUCCUUGCCCAUCCUGCUCUAUAGUCUUAUUGAGCAGCACAUCAACAUGGACAUCCUAAAACGAGACCCCUCUCUAUAUAGAGAUAUUGCAAAGAAUUCACUGCUGCAAUGGCCAAUCUUUGUUUAUUGGACGUUUCUGGGGGUCUUUGAUGCAGUGGUUUUCUUUUUCGGCGCGUUCUUCCUGUUUGACAACACCACCUUCACCAGCAAUGGACAGCUAAUGGCCACCAACACACAGAUGAUGUUUGGAAACUGGACGUUUGGAACGUUAGUGUUCACAGUGCUGGUAUUUACAGUCACGUUAAAGCUCGCUCUUGACACACACUACUGGACGUGGAUCAACCACUUUGUUAUAUGGGGUUCGCUGCUUUUCUACGUGAUCUUCUCACUCCUCUGGGGGGGCAUCAUUUGGCCAUUCCUGAACUAUCAGAGGAUGUACUACGUCUUCAUGCAGAUGCUGGCCAGUGGGCCUGCCUGGCUCAGUAUCAUACUGCUGAUUAUGGUUAGCCUGCUGCCGGACGUGGUCAAGAAGGUCCUGUGUAGGGCGCUGUGGCCCACCACCACUGAGAGAAUACAGAAUGCAGAUAAACUCUACAAGGGUCACCUGUCAGAGUUCACCCCACUCUCCUCCCUCCACGCUCCACCUGUCCACGGACGGGGCCACAACGAGGGCCAGAACCACACCCACCGCAGGUCUGUCUCCUCCCCUCCCAAAAAAGUGAUGUACACCCACUGGGGGGGUGGGCCCAACUACUGCACUUUCCGCUCCUUCCUUCCGUUCGGGGAAAACCCGAGGCUGUCUGGGGUGGGCUACGCCUACACCGCACCCGGGCCUGAAACGUCCGUCUGAAAGUAGGAGAAACUGAAAUAGUUUGGACUAGCCUGCUGGUCUAGAUGGACUAAACGUCUAGACAGUCCUACGUUGACACUGGGAUGCCCCUUAGACUGGCAUAUGUGAACGUAGAACUGAUCCUGAAUUGAUACCUAUGAAAAAGUUGGUUGUCGAAGUUCACACUUGAAGUGCACGCUCAGUACUCCAAGGCAACACACAGCAACAGGGCUGGCUGUUGCUUGGUGCUUUGGAGUGAGGCCAGAUUGGCAGCUCUACAGGAGGGUUCAAAGUGCUGUGCUGAGGGGGGCCUUGGGACCCUUUUACCUUGAUUCACCUGUGUAGGGCAUGUGUGUGUGUUUGUGUGUGUGUGUGUGUGUGUGUGUGUGUUACCCUCAGCUGUUCCUUCUCUCAUCCCAUAUACAAAUUACUUGAAACUAAUACCCAUGCAUUGAGCAGUUCCCCUCUCAAUGUCAAAAAACAUGGUAAUACUUUUUUGUUGUCAUAUUCAUAAGGCUAUUUGACACCUAAAUAAGCUCUUCAUGGCCACUGACUUAAUUGACCAUAAACAUUUAUAAUAUAUUAGUUUGUUUCAAUAUGCUUUAUCUGUCAGAAAGGUUGCAUUUGUUAGCUUUGAUGUCAAGUUAAUAUAACACUUUUUUUUCUGACAUUAGGUUGUGUCAUGACACUUUUGGGUGUGAAAUGUCAUAGCAUGUUAUGACAACUGACUGAUCAGCAAUUGAAAGUGGUAUAUAAAUAUUAAUUGUAACAAAUGUUAACAGUAAAUCGUUAUAUGAAAGCAUAAUUACACUUAACAGUUUUGAGGAUGUGACAUGCCUUCUGUAUACAGAAUUGUUAACAUGUUUCUCAAAGGAUUAAUAGGUUGAGAGGUUGUUCUGUCUAAGUUAUCUAGUGCAGUGUUUUUCUUUGACUGUGGGCCAUGGUGGUAUUGCUAGAGGGUCUUUUUUAUAUUGCAACAUAUUCAUAUUUAACUGAACCAACCGUUUUAAAUAUGACAGUUAUUACUGUUGUGAAAAUUAAUUAUGCAGAGACAUAAAAAAAAAAUACCUCAGUAGGUCAAGUUGUGUUUGAUUGUAUGGAUUCAUCCAGCAAGGAUAAAUGUUUACAUACAGAAAAUUUUAGAUGGUGGUUUAUUAUAUUACAUGAUUGACCAGUCAAGAGAAAUUUGUUAGGCUAUUCAAUUCAGUUCAGUUUAAAUGUAGAUGUAUGGUGCUUCUUUUUUUUUUUUUUUUUUUUAAGUGGUUUUUUGUGGGAUGCAAAAGAUUUUGUGGUCAGUUGUUUGAUUGAGAGAUUGAAAACCCCUGGUCCACUGACUUGUAAACUAGCCAGCCAUUGAGCCAUUGCUAAUUAUAACUAUGGUUACAAACAGUUCUUUAUAAAACACUUUAUAAAACUUCACAAAAGUGUCAUGUCACAACCCAGUGUCUGAAAAAUUCUGUCAUCUGACAUGGAACUUGACAUCAAAGCUGACCAAAGCAGCACUCGUGACAGAUGACCGGGGGAUGAUUGGAAUAUGUAUGUAUAAAUGUUUAUGUAGGUUUAUGCCAGCUGUCAUGAAGGGCUUGUGUAGGUGUUGUGGUCUUGGGAGCGCACAACAGCAAAGUGUUACCAAAAAUACUUACCCCAUAGUGCACAUAGUACACUCUGAAUGUGGAUAAAUGUUUGGCAUUUACAAUGGCCUUGCAUGCUCUGAUAACUGAUCCUCAUUUUUUCCUCUUUUUUCUCUUCAUUUUCUCCUGUUUUUCUUCUCUCUCUUUCUUUUUCUUUUCUUUUGUUUUUAUGUAGAACAAACUGGUGUUGCCUUUGUGCAAAUCUGUUUUUGAGGAACACCCCAUAAGGCGUUGUUAUUUUUCACUGUAAGUGGCUGAACUCUGGCCAGUGUUGCCUCUUCACUAGACUAGACUAGUCAAGGCUGUGUCGUGAGCCUGCACGUGUCUGGGGUCUUGGAGCUGUAACUGGACUGUCACAACAUUUUCUUCCAAAAUACAACACCAAAUGAAGUAGCUUAGCUCCUACAGUGAGACUUUGAUGAGACAUUAACUCUAUCGCUAAAAUAUAGGGAUGCACGAUGAUAUCGGAAUCAUAUCAGCAGAUACUUACUUAAAAAAUGAUUGGACAGAUGUUAAGAUUUUACUAAUAUGUCUAAACAAUAUAUGAUGACAUAUUUAUUGUUCUACAGAAUAACAGAAUGUUUAGACGAUGAAAUGCUAUGAAAAUCAAAGUUGCAUUUCCCUGUAAUGCUAAUUCAGGUAGAUAAAGUCCCUGUUUCUUCAUUUUAUUAAUGCUUAUGUAUCGGUAUUGGCAGAUAUGUACAUAAAAAAUUUCGGACAUUGGGAUUAGCUCACUUCCCAUAGUAGUGCAUCCCUAUUGCAGUCUAGAACAACAUUUCUCAACUCAAGUCCUGGAGGAAAACACAAAACUACAGUGUAGGUGGUUCUCCAAGGCUAAGGUUAGGAAAUGCUGGUCUAGAACCAUGCGGUUCCAUGUUGUCAUGACAGCUAGUUUGUUAUUGUUAAGCAUAGUUGCGUAGAGAUUGGCUUUAGAACCCGUCAACCCCUUCCCUUAAAAACAAUCUUUUUAUUUGAGCCUCUCAUAAAACCAGAAACAAGAAGCUAGCAGCUUCACUAGGAGGUUUUGAUAACAGAGCUGACUAUCUACCUUAGCAUCCAUGUUGUUCUGCCUUAAUGCCACAAUAUUUCCCAUGAUUCAUAAUGUAGUUUGAACACCAAAGGUUGUAAAAUAAGAGUAAACUAGUCUCAUUUUUGCCUUAUAAUACAGAAUGAGGGAGUGGGGAACGGGUUAUUAGAAGAAUCCCACCGCACUGCCUUAAGUUCACAUGUUGCACCAGCAGAGGGAUAAAGAAAGAUAGCAUUGAUGGAAAGUACCUUUUUAGGCUGAUCUGACAUCAGUUUUUCCUGACUUUAAUUACAGUGUUUAUGGUUUUUAAUGAGUUGUCAUGGUUUAGCAUAAAAAGGUGGGCUUCUUGCUGGAGAGAUAGGUAGCAGUAGUGUAGUUCUCAUGAUGUCUGCCACUGCUAGCUUAGCAACCCAAUGCUCUUGAUUACUUGUUUGUUGCUGACAAAUUCUUUUAGCCUCUAACCGUUUUGCAAUUUAUUUUCUCAGUGCCUAACUUUCAUAUUAGCAUAAGCAUAUUGUACAUAGCUAUAUCACACUCCUCAUGAAUAUAGAUUUCUAAUACCAUGUUGGAGCUUUUUGUCGCUAAGCUAGCUUCAUACUGCCAUUGACUACCAGAUAAUCUUUCAACGUCAUGGGUCAGCUGUCCAGUUCACCAUUUAAUGUGGUAAAGCAGAUUUGCUCUAGGCCACAUCUCAAAUGGAUUACUGUCCACUAUGUGUAUUAUUUCCCUUUAAUGGUCAGAUUCCCUAGCUAGACUAUGUAUUUGUCAUAGUGGACAGAAGAGCCAUUUUAAGAUUCACCCCUGUAAGCGUGAUUCUUGCAUCUGGUGUGUGGCUUUAUAAACAAUAAAAGCAUCCUAUUAACAUUGAAAAUUCUUACAGUAGAUGAUCAUGGAACAACUCCUAGAGCAGUUGAACUGGAAAACUGAGCUGAAUCUGAAUUGGAAAAAUGUCCAGUAUGAACACAUUCAGAUCCACAUUCCAAUUCAGGUUCUCGAAUGCUUUAAAGUAAGCAUGCAUUUUAUGUAGCUCACUCAUCUCACCAGUUUGUCUUUGUGCCUUUUGUUUCCUUUCAUUUUACAUUCCAUUUUCCUCCUCUUUUGUCCUUGCUUGCUUCCUCAGGUGUCUUCUGGUUUCUUCCCUUCUUUCACUGUCUGUCUUUAACACCAUCACAUGGCCAAGCAUCCAUCUCAGAAGUCAUAACAGUCAUCCAUGGCAGAGUCAGUGAGAGGGGGAGUGGGGGAGGGUGUUGGAGGUUAAGAGAGCAGGUGUUGAUUGCUAAGAAGACCAAUGUUCAGAUAGUGUUACUGCAUUAUUAUUAUUAUUAUUAUUAUUAUUGUUUUUUUUAUGUCUUAGCUGCUUGUGAGUAGGUGCCUUCUGGUGCUUCCUAAGAAGUACCUGAGUUUAUGUACAACCUUUUAAAUGUUAUAUUAGGAAGAGGUCAUGAUGCAUGUAUAUUUUUCUCCAAAUCUGGUAGAAUAUAUAUGAGGAAUGUCCAAGUGAAUGCUUUGAUUUCCCCCCCCCCCCCCCCCCCCAUGUGUGACGUUCAGUUAUGGAAGAGGGUGCUUCUUUUGGAAAGAUGUAAAUUUCUUAGAUGAUGAAAGUUUAAAUGUUUGUCACAAUCAAAAUUAAAAUGCUAGAAUGUUCUAUUUCAUGCAUACAUAUAUCUAUAUAUAUAUCGAUGUGUGUCCAUGAGGUUUACAAUUGUCUAAUGAGUGAAUGGAUGGAUGAGUGAAUGAGUGAAGGAAUGAAUGAAUGAACAACCUAACUUGGUGAAUGGGUGUCUUUGCUUCUGGUCCAAAGGUAUAUUGCUCUAAUGUGACAGAAUGUAAUCAUUGUCAGUCCUCACUCAGAAACACGCGUUCAUAGGUUAUCAGCGUGUGAGUUAUCAUGAGUAUUUGCAUGUUCUGUGUUGCGGAGGUAACAGUGUAGCUGCUGAGCUGAACAAACCAUGUUUAUGUAUGUUGCAUCAUAUUCUCAUUGUAAUCCACUGUCUCCUCUGACACGCUUGUGUUUUGAUUUGUCACAGAGUGCUGCGAAUGCUAAGAUGUGUCCUGACUCAGUGUUAUGAGCUACACUUACUGUACCUAAUUCUAAACUCCUCUUUUGAAACCUACUUAUCUAACUUGAAACCUGAAACCAAACAAGGGCAUAUUUAUAUACUCUGUAGGUUAUAACUUUCAAGUAACACUCAUUUGCUUACAUAUGGUUACCAUUCUAUGGUUGAAUUUAGCACUAUUUCUUUUAAACCACUAUACAAUGAUUUUGGGUUGUAAGAGCCUAAAACUGGUGUGGCACUGAAAGAAUAACAGAGCUUAUUCGUUUGUUUAUUUAUUCUGUCAAUGUUGCUGAGAGUUGUUUUUUUUUUUUUUUCUUCAUGAUUUUGAAUGUAAAAAAAAACAAAGGAACAGUUCGCUCAAAAAAUGCUAACGUUGCUAGCAAACAGAAGAAAAUAGCGGAUAGUUAGCAGAUGCUAAUUUCUACAGUGGCUGUGAGCUUCUCCUCAUAGUUAGCCACAUUAGCGCGUUUGGUCGAGCUGUUCCUUUGGAAAAAUCCAAGCCACUUCAUCUUGCUCUAUGUGAAAUGUAAGUGUUGUCACUGGAUAUGGUGCGAACAAUAACAGCAAUGAUGGGAAUUAGCGGAGCUAAUUUCUCCGUACAGCGCUUCAGGAUGGGGCUACGAGAACAAACAGCUCCCUUACAAAUGUGUUGUAUGAAGAGCAAGAAAGCUGUGUUGCUCUUUGUGAGCUUUUCCCGCCAAGCCACUGUACCACAUCAGAACUUCUUGGGUAACCCAGGAAUCACUCCCUGGACGCUGGGCUUUCCUGAAUGUAGCCUAGCGCCGGCUAACACUGGAUUCUAUCCUAAGACUGUCAGACAUGUAGGUAUUUUGUAUCUUAUGGGGGUGGGGGGGGGGCAUUUUGCUACUUUUUGUAUUCAGAGGUUCAACAGUACUACUUACUUGUCUCAAUUUAGAGUAUUGCUUUCAGUUUUAUACCAACCAAAAUGAGAGACAUAGCAGAAAACUUCCAUGUUAAAAACAACAAAAGGAAAAGGCUAAAAAUGGCUUUGACCUUCUUUCUUUUUGACUUUAAACUUUACGGUUUUGAUUAGAAAUGUCGACGUGCACUGUUUCUAUGAGGAUGUAUACGUGACACUUGCUCACACUGACAAUAGUCAGACACUUUGACGUACAUUUGCUGCUGUUCUAAAAGUGUGACCAAAUACUCUUCUAUUCUACACGACUACUGUUUUCUUUUGAGGCUUUACUGACUCUAGUGGGGCUAAAUCAAUGCCAGCCUAUUCAGAUUAACCGAAUGUGUAUUUGCAUUUUUGUUUGUUUUGUUUUUUUAAUUCAUCAGCACAAUAUGUGAUGUUGCUCUUAACUGAAUACAUACUGUAUAUUUAAAUGUAUACUGUACAGCAUAUAUGUAGUAAUAUGAAUCAAUGUACAGUUUGGGGGUCUUUUUGUAUACAGUUUUUAACAGAUUGGUAUCUGUAGAUAUAUGUGGAUUUUUGCCAGCUUUUCUGUAGCUAUUAACAGCAAAAAAAACUGUAAAUUUGCUUGUAAUAAACAGAAAAACACCAAAAAAAUAUCA